AUGGCACCAAGAGACGGCGUCUUUACCAUUCCCGCCUUCGUCCGCAUGAUGACGCAUGGCCCGGUUCCCGAGCGCCUCGAACCGAUGCACAAGAUCUACAGGCGGCGAUACAAAGCCGGCGUGCGGCAUCUGUCGCGGUGCAGGGAUCUUUUCCCUCCAGAUCCGGACACCAGCCUUGCAAUGUUUCGCGUUGAUUCAAGGGAGUUCCAGAGCCGUGUCGACCUCACGAAGCGUGGAGCUAGACUUGGAUCAAGGAAUUAUGGGGUGAAGUUCCUCCGCAAGCUAAGAGCCGGCAAAAUAUGUCGAGAUAUCAAAGAUCGGUUCGAGAUAUACGGGUUUGUUGGAAAGGGGACCUCUGCUAUCGUCCUUGCCGCCAGAGAGAAGAGCAACCCGAAAAAUCAAUAUGUUCUCAAAAUCCAGGGCAUGGCUGACAGGAAGCUGUGGAAUAAACAUUUUAAUCCUCCUGCCGGAGACUACCUUGAGGUUGGCACUGCGACCAAGCGAUAUAUUCCCACGGAAGCAAUCUAUCUACAGCUGCUUUCACAAUGCCCGCGUUUUCCUCGCCUAGAUUCGGUUUAUGUGCAUUCGGACAUGUGCAUCAUUAUUAUGUCUGCAGAAGCCAUCGUAAAACAUCCCGAAAUGGAGAGACUGAACACCAAUCAUCCACUUCUGCACCAAUUUCCAAGCUAUUCUGGAGAAGAUCUUAUUGCUGGCAAAACUCCACGGCUCACAGAGAUUCAAGUAUGCAAGGUGGCAUCCCAUCUCUUACAAGCUAUGACGUAUCUGAUGGACUUGGGCCUAUCGCACGAUGACCUGAGCCAUUGGAAUUACGUGGUAGAUGAGGAGCUCAACACCACCCUGCUGGAUCUCGGAUUUAUACAUGCGUCCCCCAACGAAGCGGGAUGGAGGGCUCGUACAUGGAUGACCCUUCGAGCCACUGAAUCUCUCCUAGCUCCCGAAGUCGCAAUGAAACUUUCCACAGCGGAGGUCACUCCAACCAACGCCCGCGGUGGGUUGGUUAUCAACCACCCUAACGAUGUCCGCAAGCAGCAUCUCUGGCGGUUCGGUGCUCUCAUCUAUGACCUCCUGCACGGUUACGCCCCCUGGGAACCACCCGACUGGGACCCAGAAAUAGGCGCUCUUCGCGACUUUGCUAGUUUUGACAUGAACGAGAAGAGGGUGCAGUAUAUUCGGGAGAGGCGGCAGAGGAUGAUAAAUGAGGAAUUGACGAUUGACGAAAGGCUGUCGCAAGAUUGCAUUGAUGCGCUUAGGGCUCUAUUAGCAAAGGACGAGGCUAGACGGCCAACUUUGAGAGAGGUUGCCUCAUUUCCGUGGUUUCAGGGUCACUGGGUGGAUUAUCCAAAGGGGGUAUUCAACAGACCGCCGUUUUUACCACGGCCACCGUCUGAAACGAAGUUGAGGACGUAUUCUGAACAACGGUCCUAA